AGCGGGAAAGAGCAAUCGAGUCGCCGCUCGUGGUGGUGCUAAAUUACUCCCCACACGUUCCUUCCUCCACAGAUACAAUCGCCUGGAAUUUCCUUUCGUUCGUUUCUCCCGUCGAUCCAUCGAUCGAAACAUGCGCUUGAUCUGGGAAGUUUCGAUCCGGAUCCCGAUUUUGAAGGAGUGACUCGAGGAGAGAGAUGAGCUCCGGGGAUAAGAAGCCCGACCACGAUUCGUGGCAGGAGAAGGAGCGCGCGACGAGGGCUUGGCGUGUUCUCCUCUUCGGAUUGGUCGGUGCCACCGCCACUACCUUUGUGACUGGUCAGCUGCGGAGGACUGCUGACUGGGUAUACACUCAGCUGAGCAGAUUACGGGCAAGUUCAUCUUGGAGAAACACGAGUAGCUCAAAUCAUGGAGGAUCCAGUCAAGAUGCUUGGAAAAGAUAUUAUCGCACUAGAAUGCAAGAGGAAUAUGAAGAGGAAAGGGAGAGAGUUGAGCGUAUACGGCGAAUGCAAAGUGUAUUUAACAGGGAUAGAAAUAAGCAUAAGAAGAGCUAUGAGACUUGGAAGUAUAGCGACCCUGGUGCAUAUCGGUAUAUUCCACGUGAUGAUUGGUAUUAUGAGACAGAUUCAUCUUACAGGGAACAAAGAAGUAAUUACAAUUACACCCCUAGAUCCAGGGUGAACUGUACAAUGUCACACCACUACACAGUGUUGGGUCUUGAUAGGUCUAGAGCAGAACCAUAUUCAGAUGUUGAUAUUAAGACUGCUUUCCGAGCAAAAGCAAUGGAGUACCAUCCUGAUCAAAACCCAGAUAAUAAAGAGGCUGCAGAGGCGAAGUUUAAAGAAAUAAUAAUGUCCUAUGAAGCAAUUAAAUUGGAGAGAAGUCAGAGUUGAUCCUCAUCAUGCUGGUAGAAUGUAGAUAUUGGCAUGUCCCAAGAAAUAAAUAGUUUAGAAGAACAUGUCCUGCCAAAAUAAUAAGAUUCAUAAAAAAUAAAAAAAAGUUGCUGAUCAGAUAGCGGUUGUGAAUUCUGAGCAUGCCAAGAGGUUUAUCAUUUUAGAUGGAGUUGCUCUUCCACGGUGAUCUUGACAUCAGGCUUGGCAACUAAGUAGCAUUUCUUUUUCCUCUGAAAUCUCUGGGCUGCAUAUAUAUUUUUUUCUUCCAUUCGAAAGUCCAUUGCGAGAAGAUUCUUACAGUGCCUAGCAAGUUGAAAACAUGUUACAUCUUGAAUCUAACUCCGUAUAAGUUAAUGUUUAAAUUGAUGCCACAUUUGAGUUGGCAUUACUUCCAAAGUAA